AUGAUAUCAUACAUAAUUAGACUACUCAUAUCUUUCAGUUUUUUAACUUAUAUUGUUGACGCUGAUGUACAUCCAAUAGUUAUUCAUGGACAUUUUUUCAUUGAUAAUGUAACAAAAGAACCAGUAUGUUAAUAAUUGAAUCUUUUGAAUUUACUAACAAUCCAGUUUUAUGUAAAAGGAAUUGAUUAUCAACCAGGUGGAAGUAGUGGAUUCUCACCGGAUAAAGACCCAUUAAGCGAUCCAGCUCAAUGUGCUCGAGAUAUUGUAUUAUUUCAAGAAUUGGGUAUAAAUACCGUUAGAAUAUAUUCAAUAAAUUCACAGUUGAAUCAUGAUAAAUGUAUGACAAUGUUAGCUAAAGCAGGGAUUUAUCUUGUUUUAGAUGUUAAUUCCCCAAUGCCACAACAUCAUUUAAAUAGAUAUGAACCAUGGACGACUUAUAAUUUAUAUUAUUUAGAGAAUAUCUUUAAAAUUGUUGAACAAUUUAGCUGGUAUAAUAAUACGCUUGCAUUCAUAGCUGGUAAUGAAAUUGUAAAUGAUCCGAUAUCAGCAAGUGUUUCAGCUCCAUAUAUUAAAGCAGUUGUACGAGAUCUAAAAUUAUAUAUUUCAAAACAUUCUCCGAGACAGGUACCAGUUGGUUAUUCAGCAGCUGAUGAUUUAAAUUAUCGAAUUUCAUUAGCUAAAUAUUUAGAAUGUUAUUAUGAUGAUGUAAAUGAAGCAAUUGAUUUUUAUGGAGUUAAUUCAUAUCAGUGGUGUGGUGAUCAAACUUUUUAUAGUUCAGGUUAUUCAAUAUUAGUUAAUGAUUAUAAAUCAUUUACAAAACCAGUGUUCUUCACAGAAUACGGUUGUAAUGAAGUAUUACCUAGAAAUUUUGAUGAAGUUCCAAUUUUAUAUACAAAUGAUAUGAUUGAUGUUUUCCAAGGUGGUUUAAUUUAUGAAUUUCUGCAAGAACCAAAUAAUUAUGGAUUAGUUGAAGUAUUACCAGAUGGGGAUAUUAAUAUUCUAAGAGAUUUUUUACAAUUGAAAACAAAAUAUGAUUCAUUGCCAAAUUUAGAUUAUAAUUUUAUUCUAGAAUCAAUGAAAGUUAAUGCACAGGAGAUAAAUGAAAAGAUUAGAAAAUAUAAAACUUCAGUACCUAGAUGUGAUGAAAGAUAUUUAAAUUUAGAUAUAAGUAAAGGUGUUCCUGCAAGUUUUGGAGAAAUUUUGAUUGAUUGUGGUGUUAGUGCAACUAGAGGUAAAUAUGUUGAUUUAAGUACUCAAGAAAUGACAAGUCAAUUCAGAUAUUAUUUGAAUGGUGAACCGUUUGAUAUAUCACCGGUUAUUGAUACAAUAUUUGAAUUUUCAGCUGGUGAUGUUGAAAGAAGACAAGAAGUGGAAACGAAAGAAAAAGAAGAUAAUGCUUUUAAAACAAUGGUUCAUAAAGUUUCUGAUUCUAUUAAAAGUUUUUGUAAUAAUUUGUUUAACUAA